AUGACAACCACGUCCGUCCUUCUUGCAACAGCUCAAGUUACAAUUGUAAAUUCUAGCGGAGAAACUGCAAGAGCAAGAGCAUUAGUCGAUCAAGGAUCGGAAAUUACUCUUAUCUCAGAACGCUUAGUUCAAUUAUUACGACUCCCUCGAGUUAAAUCCUCUAUUUCGUUAGUGGGAGUAGGCGCGCAAAAAUCCAACCAAACAAAGGGAUUAGUUUCUUUUCAAAUGAGGCCGCCUUUCAGAUCAAAAUCUGAAUACCGCGUUUCUGCUCACAUUUUACCCAAGCUGACAGGAUCUAUUCCCUCCAUCUCAACGGACAAGAAAAUGUGGCCUCACAUACAAAAUCUUCAGUUAGCCGACAAUGACUUUACUUCGCCGGAGCACAUUGAUCUUAUUUUAGGUGCGGAUGUCUAUGCACAAAUCCUCGAAGAUGGAGUCGUGAAGGGAGAUGUAAAUUCACCAAUUGCUCAGCGGACUUCUCUUCGAUGGAUUAUAUCUGACCCUUCCGGUAUUAAUACAUUAUCUAACAAGCAACCGCCGGAAAACCUCGGAGACUCCAAAUCAAAGGCUUUUCGAGUAAUUAAUGGUCUAUCCAGGAAAUUGGAAAGCUAUCCAGAAUAUUCCAAACUCUAUUUUGACUUCAUGAAAGAAUACGAGCGAAUGCUACACAUGACUCGCGUUCCCGAUUCCCAAUCAGAACCACCAAUUGCAUAUUAUCUUCCACAUCAUGGAGUCAAACGAGAAGGUAAUUCCACAACGAAAUUAAGAGUCGUCUUCAAUGGCUCAAGCCGUUCCUCCACAGGCUGGUCUCUAAAUGAUAUCCUUCACACUGGAGCUAAACUUCAAGUUGACCUACUCAAUGUCCUGCUUUGGUUUAGACAAUUUCGAUAUGUUUUUUCUUCGGAUGUGGAAAAAAUGUAUCGACAAAUCAAGAUACAUAAAGCGGAUUGGGACUUUCAACGUAUACUCUGGAUGGAUACUUCCAAUAAAAUCUCCACUUAUCAGCUAACCACAGUAACAUAUGGUUUGGCUUGCGCCCCGUUCUUAGCUCUCCGUUCGUUAGAUCAAUUGAUUGCCGAUGAAGGUGCAAAAUUUCCUCUUGCCGUUCCAGUUCUGCAAAGAGGACGUUAUGUAGAUGACAUUUUUGGAGGAGGUGACUUCAUUUCAGAAGCUCAAGAAAUUGCAAAACAAACUAAUCAACUCUGUAUGGCGGGCGGGUUUCCGCUCCACAAAUGGGUAAGCAAUAAUCCUGACGUCCUUCAAUCAAUACCAACUAACAAGCAAAAUGGUUCAUCGUUUUUUCAAAUCGAAAAUCAUACUAUGACCAAUGCUCUCGGACUGUGCUGGAAACCCUUAACUGACACUUUCCAUUUCACAAUGGAGUUGACAUCUACUUCAUUAAUUACUAAAAGAAGCGUUUUAUCGUCAAUUGCCAAGUUAUUUGACCCUCUCGGACUAAUUUCUCCUGUGAUCAUUAAAGCCAAGAUUCUUAUGCAGGAGUUGUGGUCGAUUAAGCUAGGCUGGGACGAUCCGCUGCCCUUGGACGUAGCCGCUAAAUGGAAGAAGUUUGUCGAACAACUACAUGAUCUGCCUUAUCUAAAAUUUCCUCGUUGGUUAGGCACUCGAAGGGAUCAUGUUAUGGAAAUCCAUGGCUUCUGUGAUGCUUCUCAGCGUGCUAUGUGUGCAGCUGUUUAUAUUCGCGUAAUCUCGAAUUGCGGAGAGAUCACGUCAAAUUUAGUCUAUUCUAAGACAAAAGUCGCGCCUUUAAAAAGGCUAACUAUUCCACGUCUUGAGCUGUCUGGUGCUGUUAUACUCGUUAAACUGGUCACUCGCAUCCUUCUCGUGUGGAAAUUAAAAGGUCCAUCAAUAUACCUGUGGACAGAUUCUGCAUUAACCUAUACUUGGAUAAAUAAUCAUCCAUCACGCUGGAAGGAUUAUAUUCACAAUAGAGUUUGUUUUAUUCAAGAAUCAUUGCCUCAUGCUAUUUGGAGAUUUGUACCCGGGACAGAAAAUCCACAGAUUGUGCCACACGCGGUUUAA